UUUCUGUCUGGUUUGCCUGCUGGUUGCCACAUGCUCCUUGUACUGAGCCCCCUGUCUGCCUCUCCGCCAUCAGAUGAAAUGGUGUCUGGUUUGAUAAGUGAGGUGGUUGUCGGCUGCUGGUGGAGGCUAGGACCUCCUAGGUGGUUCCCUGCACAGUUUGUAGUGGCAUUAAAUGUAAAUCUGUUUGGUUUUAAAGAAGAAAUCUAAAAGCUGUUUGUCUGAGACAGGCCAAACUGUGACUGUUGUCAUCUGCUCCAUGAGUACAUAAGUGGUGCAUUGAAUGUUCUAUGGCCAUUUUCUCUGCUGUCAGUGCUGUAUUGUAGGAAGACUAUGUGGUGGUGGCUACUAGGUUUACUGAGCUGCACAUUGCUGGUGGCAGUUGUCACCUUCUUUCUGAUCACUGGGAAACGCUACAAGGUCUUCAGCGAAAAGUGCCUGAGGCCACCAGGACCUUUGGUCACUGACAGCAGAGAGAGGGAUGACAGACUGAAGAGAGGAUUUCGAAUAGACAGUGUUCCCCCUGCUUUGGAUGCUGUGGUUAUUGGAAGCGGGAUAGGAGGUUUGACUGCAGCAGCCCUUUUGUCCAAAGCUGGUAAAAGGGUUGUUGUUCUGGAGCAACAUGAUCAGGCUGGGGGCUGUACACACACCUUCGAGAAUAAAGGAUUUGAGUUUGAUGUUGGUAUCCAUUACCUGGGCCAGCUCCAUGAGAACAGCUUGCUGAAGGUUGCCCUUGAUCAGAUCACAGAUGGACAGUUGCAGUUCACACGACUGGAGCAGCACUUUGACACACUGAUUCUGGGUCAGCUCGACCAACGCAGGGAGUAUCACAUCCAUGCUGGGAAGACUGAGAUGGCAGCUAGCCUGAAGAAGCAGUUCCCAGGAGAAGAGGAAUCAAUUGAUGAGUUAAUGAGAUUGAUGAAGCUUGCCUCAAGGCGGACUCCCCUUAUCGCCACCUUGAAAAUGCUACCAUAUUGGCUGGUUAACUUUCUGGUCCGAACAGGCUUGUUACAUCGCAUAUCAUCUAUAUUCCGCCUAGCAGAAACCAACCACUCAGAAAUAAUGUCCCGCCUGACAAACAACAAGGAUUUGCAGGCACUGUCUGCCUACCUGUUCUAUGGUGUCCCACCCAAAGAGUCAAGCUUUCUCAUCAAUGCCCUCCUUCUUCACCACUACAAACGUGGUGCAUACUACCCACGAGGGGGCGCCAGUGAAUUUGCAUUCCACAUAAUCCCUGUCAUUCAGCAGGCAGGGGGAGCUGUGCUGGUCAGGGCCCCUGUGCAACGCGUUUUGCUCAACCAGCAAGGGAAGGUCUAUGGUGUGACAGUGCGUAAAGGACAAGAAGAGAUUGAGGUCCGUGCCCCUGUUGUAAUUUCCAAUGCAGGAAUCUUCAACACCUUCCAGAAAUUUCUGCCUCAGCAAGUCCAGGACAAACCAGAGGUCAAGUCACUGCUGGGUAUGAUGCGACAUGGUAUGGGUUCUUUCCUGGUCUUUGUUGGUCUGGAUGGAACCAAAGAGGAGCUAGGAAUUGUUUCCACCAACUUCUGGAUGUAUAAAGACAACGAUUUGGAUGUUCUAAUGGAGCGUUACUCUUCACUGAGCAGAGAAGAUGUAUUGGGCAACAUUCCCAUGAUGUUCAUCACCUUUCCAUCUGCUAAAGAUCCUACAUCCAACAUCAGGCAUCCAGGUAAGUCCUGUAUGACAUUGCUAACCAUGGCUCGCUAUGAGUGGUUUGAACAAUGGGAGGGGACAAAGCUUGGCAAGAGAGGACAGGACUACACAAGUCUGAAAAACAGUAUGGCACAGGAGCUUCUGGACUGGGCACUUGUAAUCUUCCCUCAGUUGCGAGACAAGGUGGUGAUGGUUGAUGCAGCCACUCCUCUAACUAAUGUCCAUUACUUGGGUGCUCCCAAAGGAGAGAUGUAUGGGGCUGAACACAACUUGGAGCGUUUCACCCCUGAAACAGUUGCCAGGACACGAGCACAGACACCCAUUGAUGGACUUUACCUGACAGGUCAGGACGUAUUCUGCAAUGGUAUGGCGGGGGCUCUGCAUGGUGGACUACUCUGUGCUUCUGCUGUACUCGAUCAGAUUCUGUACAUUGACCUUCUGGCCCUGAAAAUGCGCCUCAAACACAAACAGAGCAAAUCUAAGAUGAUCUGGUAGCUGUAAACAUCCUGUUUACAUGCACCUUUUACAUGUAAACUCCAUAACUAUGAUCUUUUGUUGCAUCUUUAUUAAGUUAAGUUAGAACAGAAAUGUUUUAUGUUUCCAGAGAAAAGAAGGUGUCGAGGUUAGUAGAGGACCACAGGGAAAUAAAAGAAAGUGCUACUGAUUUAAGUUUGGAAGAAAGGAAGGAGAAGGAAUUGAGCGAAAUAGAGUGACUCAACCCUAAGUUAGUUGAUGAAAAAUGUGCAAAAUUUUGGAGCGAAAAAAAAAUGUGCUGCAGCAUGUUGCUAUGAAGUACUGACCAAUCAGAAUCAAGUAAAUAUG